AUGCCUCGUCUUACUGAUGCAUUACAAGAGAUUAACGUCCGAAUACCAUAUAGGACUGUGAUUUCUCCCAAUGCAACCGAUGAUGAAAUCUCCGCGGACCUUCUCAAACUGAUGAUCAAACCAACCAGAGUGUUUGUGGUCCAUAUGAAUCAGUUGCUUACGUCAAGAGUAUUUUCCAAAGCCAAGGAAACGGGUCUAAUGACACAAGGGUAUGCUUGGAUUCUCACCAAUGGAAUUAUAAAUAAUCUAGGUUUGCUGAACGAAACCGAUAUUCAAGCAAUGCAAGGGGUAAUAGGCAUAAGGGCUCACUUUCCGAUAUCCGAAGAGCUUAAAACAUUCAGAUCAAGAUUGGCAAAGGCAUUCUCGGUUUCCGAGUUGAACAUCUAUGAAUUAAGAGCUUAUGAUGCUACCACCGCGUUGGCAAUGGCUGUUGAAGAUGCUGGAACAACUAACUUGACCUUCAGCAAGAUAGAUGGAAGAAACAUAUCUAACCUGGAAGCAAUUAGUGUCUCAGAAUAUGGUCCAAAGCUUGUCCACUCGCUCUCCGAGAUUCAGUUCAAAGGACUUGCUGGUGAUUACCAUUUCAUUGAUGGAGAACUGCAUGUAUCAGGGUUUGAGAUCGUCAAUGUGAUCGGCACUGGAGGAAUGGUGGUAGGAUUCUGGACGCAGAAAAAAGGACUGGUUACAAAAGACCCUAUAACCCAUGAAACCAAAGUAACAGGAUUUUGCAUUGACUUCUUUGAGGCUGCAACUCAAGCAAUGACAUAUGAUGUCUCCCACAUAUUCAUUCCUUUUGGAGAUAAUGACGGCAAACCUAACAGUAACUUCAACGACUUAUUGUACCAAGUCUAUCUCGGGAUAUAUGAUGCUGUGGUGGGCGAUACGGCUAUAUUGGCAAAUAGGUCCUCCUAUGUUGAUUUCACUUUGCCAUACACAACAUCAUGCGUGGGGUUGGUCGUCCCUCUAAAAGACAGGGUGAACACAGACUUCACUGGACCUCUUCGGUACCAAAUCAGCAAUAUCUUUUGGUUCGCUUUCUCCAUCAUGAGUUACACCGCCAGUUUGUCAUCACGUCUUACGACACAACAGCUUGGCCCAACUGUAACGAGCAUCAAUAACGUGCUUGCGAAAGGAGAACCUGUGGGAUACCUUAGGGAUUCCUUCAUCUUUGGGAAACUGAGAGAAUCAGGGUUCCCUGAGUCUAGACUCGUGCCAUUUAGCUCUCCAGAGAAAUGUGAGGAACUUUUGAGCGAAGGACCAUCAAGGGGUGGUGUCUCUGCAGCUUUCAUGGAAGUACCAUACGUGAGAGUUUUUCUUGGACAAUAUUGCAAAAAAUAUAAAAUGAUGGAGGUACCAUUUGAUGUUGACAGGUUUGGCUUCGUCUUCCCAAUCAGAUCACCUCUAGCAGCCGAUGUAUCAAGGGCUAUUUUGAAAGUGGCAGAGUCUGACAAAGCAACUCAACUUGAAAAUGCGUGGUUCAAGAACAUAGAUGAAACUUGUCCUGAUCCAAGCAACAUUCCUUCCCAAACCCCACUGUCUCCUGUCUCCUCCCUCCAGCUCGGCCUCGAUAGUUUCUGGCUUUUGUUUGCAGUUGCAGCCAAUGUGUGCAUCAUUGUCUUGUCGAGAUAUAUGGUCUAUUUCUUGAAGCAAAAUAGGGAUAUUUUGAGACAAGAUAUACCUCUUCGAGAUCGAAUGCAGAGGAUGUUGGUACAGUUCCUGAAAAGAGAUGGUCACUCAUACAUCAACCAGUUGCUGCCGCCGUGUCCAUGUGUAGUAAGAUAG